UCCAAGGUUUCUGCGUGGCCCAGAGACUUUUUUGAAGGGGUUUAGGGCAGUGAAUUCGUUAAGGGAGUGCAGUGGUCUGUAAUAUUUCUUGAUUCCGUGCAGACUCUAUAGUGCCGGCUAUGGAUGUUACUGUGGUGCUCAGAAGUUGUGCAAGAGAUCUGGUUCCUUGGUGCCCAGCAGGUGGUGCAGGAGAGUUUGGUGAGGUGCAGAAGUGCUCCGCUCCUUCUAUCAAGAAUGCACGAUCUAUGGAUAUGGGAAGAAAGAUUUAGUUAAUCAAUCACGUGGGCUUAAAGACUACUAGGUUGGCCAGGGGGCCGAGGCGGCUUCCAGCUCAGGGAGACUUCUGAGCAGCAAAUCAGCCUUCCAGGACACUGCAGGACAGCUGGGCAGCCCUCAGCCUACGACCAUGAGUGAAAUCACCAAACAUUCCCUGGAAAAUAUCUUACUGCAACUGAAAUGCCAUUUCACCUGGAACUUACAUGAUGAAGAAAGUUCCUUAGAUGAUCUGGAGAACAGAGUGCGUGACCAGGCACGGUUUCUAAACAAAGAAUUCAAAGCAAUCAUGUACAAUCUGUUUGCCUAUGUUAAACACCUCCGAGGCCAGAACAAGGCGGCUCUGGAAUAUUUACAGCAAGCAGAAGAGUUCAUCCUGCAUGGACAGGCCCGCCAAGGCAAAAUCCGAAGUCUGGUCACCUGGGGAAACUAUGCCUGGGUCUAUUAUCACAUGGGCAGGCUUCCAGAGGCACAGGCUUACGUUGACAAGGUAGGACAUCUUUGCAAGAAGUUUGCAAGCUCCUACAGAAUUGAAUGCCCUGAGAUUGACUGUGAAAAGGGAUGGGCACUUUUAAAAUGGGGAGAAAAGUAUUAUGAACGGGCUAAGGAGUGUUUUGAGAAGGCUUUGCAAAAGAAACCCACCAAUCCAGAAUUCUCCCUGGGACUGGCUAUCACACUCUACCGUCUGGGUGACAAAGCACCAACAGAGAACACCAUUUGCCUGCUGAGGCGGGCCAUCCGACUGAAUCCUGACAACCAGUAUAUUCACGUUCUCCUGGCUCUGACUCUCCAAAAGACCCAGAAACAAGCUGAAGGAGAUAAGCUAGUCGAAGAGGCCUUGAAGAAAACGCCGUGCCCGACAGACGUCCUCUGCAGCGCAGCCAAAUAUUACCGAAAUAAAGGUACUCUGGACACGGCUAUCGAAUUACUUAAAAAGGCUUUAGAAUCGGUACCGAACAACGUCUAUCAACAUCUGCAGAUCGGAUGCUGCUACAGAGCAAAAAUCCGGCAAAUACAGAGGUCAAGGAGGUAUACCACGAAGGAGAAUGAAGAAGAGCUGCAGAAGAUGACGAGACACGCGGUGGAUCACUUUAAGAGAGUUGUCGAGUUGAAUAUUAACCUUCCCCGCGCCUGCUCAGACCUUGCCUGCCUCUAUGCCAUCAUGGGCCAGUAUGAUAAGGCGGAGUAUUACUUCCAGAAAGAAUUCAGUAAGGAUCUGCCUCCAGCGGAAAGACAAGUCCUCCACCUGCGCUAUGGAAACUUCCAGCAGUACCAGCAGCAGCGUGAUGACACCGCCAUCAGCCACUACCUGCAGGGCUUGAACAUCAAUGGGACAGUGACCGAGAAGGAAAAGCUGAUCGUCAACCUAAGAAAAAUUGCCCACAAGCGACUCUCUGAAAACACCUUCGAUGCUGUGGGUUGGCAACUCUCCAGGUUCAUUCGCGAGCUGAAUAGAAAGGGGCACCCGUGGGACAGUCCGCCCCCAGAGGCCGCCCUGCGGGCUGAGAAGGGCAGCGAGGAAAUGACAGGGGGCGCGGGUGGGGCCCACCACCCAGAGGAGUGGAAGGCCCUAGAGAGAGCCUGUAACCAGUCUUCAGGGCUUCCGAGAGAGAAGAGACAGAGCGAGAAUGAGACAGAGGGGUAGGAGGCCUGGCGAGGUGGUCACAAAGGGGAGGGAAACGGGCACACAGAGAGACAGAGAAGCUGCAACUUGCAGGAGCUGGGCCAGAUGGCUGGGCUUUUCAUUUUGCUGUCUCUUUUUCCGGGUUCCCCAAAUUCUCUCAGCCAGACCUGAAAAUGCAGAAUCACUUUUCCUCUGUCCUAUAGAUAUUUUGAGCAAAAGCUCUUUUGAGGGCAAGCACUUGCUUUGGGACCGUGGGACUCUGCUUUAGUCUCAGUUUGCACCCCCCAGCUCUCACCCAGCACCUUGCACUCGGCCUCGCAUACAGUAGGCACUCAACACCGCUGACAGAACAAGAGAAGACAACAUCACUGAGGCCUGGUCCUCCUUCCUUGCUCCUUCUGCUCCCAAAUGAAUUCCGUACAAACCAAAAAUUUAAAUGUUUAAAAAAUAGAAAUCACAAAAUUUCUACAGGAAUUCUUGAGAGGAUUUUUUAAAUCACAGGUCUGGAAGUUGUGAGUAUGAAACAAAACACGAAAGGGCAAAAGCAUUAAGAAAUUCAACCACAUUAAAACACGCUUCCUAGAGGAGGGACCUCCGGAAAGUUGAAAGAUCAAUGACAGACUUAAAAAUACGGUUUUAGUACAUUACCAGGUAAAGGAUUAACUUCCUUAAUGAUGAAACAGAUCCUUUGGACAAAUGGGCAAAGGUCAGGAAAUUAAAAUGGCUUAAACACGUGAAAUGAUUGUCAAUGUUGCUCUUAUUAAGAGCAAAGCAAACCAACACUAUUAAGAGAGGUCAUCUCAGGUCAACCAAAGAAACACCUUUCAAGAAAAGGGUACUAACAAGGAUGUGGGGAAACAGCCUCCAUCAUGCAUCGCCAUUGAGAUUAUAAAUCGUGUAGAUGGACGGCAUUUGUUGAUGGCAAUUUGGCAUUCGUGAAUCUUCACCCCAGCAAUUCCACUCAUUAAUCUAUCCUGCAUUUGCAUAUGCAUGCAAAGUCAUGAUUAAAGAUACUCAUGAAGCUUUGUUUAUAAUAACAAAGGACUGACAACAACUCAAAGGUCCAUCACUAGGGGACUCAUUAAUUCAAUUUUCAUAUUUCAUACACAGAACAGCAUGCAGCUAUUGUAAAAACUAAUAAGGUAGUUCUAAAUGUAAAAAUAUAGAACACUAUCUCUGAGAUAUAUUAAAAAAUAAAGAAUAAAAGUGCAGAAGAGUGUAUACAGCGUGCUAACAUUGUUCAAAGGAAGGGGAGAAGGAGGAAGAAAAGCAUAUCACAUUAUGCAUAGACUAUUUGGAAAAGGAUAUAUUUCCUCUAGGGUAGCCUCCAGAGAAGGAACGGGCUGUCUGGGAGUCCAUAUGGGAGGAAGACAUAUAUUUCAACUGCAUAGAUUUUUAAAUUUUGAAUUUGAUACCCAGAGCAUAUAUCACAUUGUCAAAAAAAGUAUGCAACAGAACAAAUUCAAAA